AUCAACAUCACCACCGCCGUCGAGGUUCUUUGUUGAUGGUGAUUCACAAAAAAAAUCUCAUCCCCUCUGACAUUGUCGAAGCGAAUUUCUACCAUAUGAUUCUCGGUUCGUCCACGAGGAUGUUCGGUUGCCCUGUCUGAACGGGAGACGGGAGGGAGAGACGCGCCGCCGUAUCUGGUCCGGCGAUAAUAAUGAGAUAAAACACGUUUAAAGCCUCGCUACCUGUUCUACCAUGCCCUCGGGAGGAUCUCGUCUCGUCAGCGGCUCGGGUCGCUCGCCGUCCCCGGUGUCGGCCCGGUUCCUCUCCCCUCUACUCUGCGUGCUGCUGGUGGCGUGUGUCCCCCGGGCUCAGAGCUCUUUCGCCCGCACCAGCGGAGAGUGUGUACCGGGGAAAGACAAGGAUUGUUUAGACCUGUCGGAGAAGAAGAGUGACCUGCGUGUGUGUGACACUGGGACCUGCCGCUUUGGAGGGACCUGCCGCGAGAACGGAGCAGACAUCAAGUGUGUGUGUCAGUUCAACUGUCAUAAGAAGUACAUCCCAGUGUGUGGCUCUAACGGAGACACAUACCAGAACGAGUGUUUCCUCCGGAGAGCCGCCUGCAGGAAGCAGAGAGCCGUCACCAUCAUGGCAGAAGGGACCUGUUAUACUGAUGGUGGAUCAGGGUCUGGAGAUGGAGACGAUGAAGGCUCAGGCAGAGGGAAAAAGGUGUCCAAGUGUGGGAACUGCAAGUUUGGAGCAGAGUGCGACGAGGACUCUGAAGACAUGCUGUGCAUGUGCAACAUCGUGUGCAAUGGCCACAACGAGAACCCUAUGUGCGGUAAGGACGGCGUCACCUACGACACGCCCUGCCACGUCAAAGAGGCGUCCUGCCUGAAGCAGCUCAAGAUAGACAUCAAACACGUGGGCCGAUGCCAGGACAAAGGAAGGAAAGAUGACGGCGUUAAGAUCAAGCCAGACGUAUUCGCUGUGCAGAACCACGGGGUCCUAGACCGGGAAGGCCACGGCGAACCCCCCCUGCCCUGUCCUGACGAUUACAACCAGUUCUGUGAGCACGGCCGCUGUGAGAUGACACAGAACCUCCCCACCUGCAGCUGUGAUCCAGGUUACGGAGGUUCCCAGUGCGACCAGCUCACCGAUUUCAACAUCCUCUACGUGGUCCCCAGUGGACAGAAGCUGCAUUACGUCCUCAUCGCCGCCAUCAUCGGAGCCGUCCAGAUAGCGGUCAUUGUAGCCGUUGUCAUGUGCUUCACCAGGAGGUGCAACAAAACCAAGCGUGGCCGGAGACAGAAGCAGCACCUGGGCCACUUCCCCUCAGGGACCUCCUCUAGGAUGAUGUAGCCUCUCUUUUCUAAACCUUCCUCUUUUCUGACUUAUUAUAAACAAAUCUUUCGUACCACAUGGACAGAAUUGCAUUUUUAUUAUCUUACCCAUUUUGUGCCUCUUUGGUUUGUUUUCAUUUAGCUUUUUUCUUAAGACAAACCUGUGGCUUUUUCUCAAGUUUUGAAGGGGCCUUAUUUUUUUUAUUUUCUUGUCUUUUUUAUAUUUCUUUUUUUUCUUCACCUGGAUGUUUUCAGAUGGCCGUUCUCACUUUUAUGAAGGUACUUUUUCAAGUGGACUAAAAAGGGAAGCGUUUUGUCUCUUAAAGCCGUGUUCUCCUCCAUCCUGUGUGCGACGCAGUGACCUCAGCAGCUGAUAAGAACACAAAGUUGGUCUUUCAAAACAAUCUCUCAAUAUGGUCGGUUUUCUCAUUUCCUGUUCCAUCCCGGCCUCCACUUCCUGUCUGUGUUGUCCCGGUCUUGUUGUCGGGGCGGCUCUGUGCUCCUGUUUGCGCCAGAGGACACUUUGGAUCCAAACCAGUGCUAGCCCCGCCAUUCCUCCCUGAAGAAUACCGAGGUGUUCGUGAACAGCCUCGUGAAUAUGAGUAUUCUUUACUCCCUAAAUUGGAGUCACCCGAGAGAUGAAGUACGACCACUUACUCCGAGAGAUGCCUACUGUUCUUCCGUUGUCAUGUUAACAAACUAAAUCUAAAUCGUGUUGGUAUUUUCCAACCCCAUCUGUACUUUUUCUAUCCAAACAAUUUGGUCGAUGAUGCAUUCCAACCUCAAUUGAAAAACCUGUGUGGCUCUCUUGAUAUGAAUAAGCUGGCUAGUAAUCGUUUGUUUCUAUAUGCAUAUCUAUGUACACCACUCUGGAAAUAGUAAAACUCUCCAAUUCCAGUUACAAAGGGUUGGUUGCCAUUGUAUUAAAGCCAUAGUUUACCUGAAGAGGACCCUGACUGCAAUUAUGAAGUGCUGCUGCUGAUAAUACGAAAUGUUCCCCAUCAUGCCCAAGGUCACGGAGUUACUGCUUCAGACGUUGGUUGCUAGGAAAACAGAUAUUUUCCAAGGGUGGAAAAUUCCAGGAAAUUUUUUUUCUUUAGUUUGUUUCAGUUUUUUUGUACAAGACACUCCUGAAAACCAAAAUGCUGUUUUUACUACGACUAUUAAGGUACAAAAUGACAUGUAUAGGUUGUUUUUAUUCUAAUUUACGCAAUUUUAAAUAAUGCCAUUCCGGAAAUGGGAUUCCAAUGUGUUUUUUGACAAGCUGAUUAUUUAAAUGACUGUUCUUUUAGUUUAUUUUUGAUAUCAUUUCUAAUGGCGGUACGAAGUAUCUAUGUUGUUGUCAUACUGUGGUCAACGGAUUCGCUUCUAUGUGGAUUGGAUUCCCAUAAAGCAUCUUAGCACUAAUGUCUAGCCCUCAUCUUUUAGUUAGGUUGGUAAAUUAUAAAGACCCACAGAAAUGGUUCAGUGGUAGUUCCUGAACAUGGGAGAUGUAUCCACAAGGAGUUGAUGUGUAUCAAUUUCAGCAUCUAAAUGUACCAACUAAGAUUGUGGCAGGUUCUGCUUGUAGAUAAAUGCUAUGCUAGCUAAUGUUAUUUAACACCACUCAAUUCUACAGUUAGUUUGGGAAAGUGAUCAUUGGUUGGCCUACCGCUUGAACGUAACCACCUAGUUGAACUCCCCCCCCCCCCCCCCCCCAGAAUACUCGCUAAUUAGCUAAACAUUUAUUGACUAUUUUAACAGAAAUCUGAAUUCUGAAUGGAUCCUUUAGAAGCUACUCUACGCCGGUGGUGAUUUGUAAACCUGCUGAUAGAUGGGGUUGUUGUUCUUGGUGGUGUGAUGCUGCAAAGGAAUCCUGUUCCUCUUUUUACUGUAGAUCUUGGGUAUUGCAUGAGCCAGUAAAGUCUUUGGUUAGAGAUUAGUGAUGUAGUUGAGCUAGAAUUAAAUUAUGUGUUCCAAUAAAGUGUGUCAUUUGGUGCAUUUCAAUAUGA